AUGCAGAGGCUGCGGGUCACCGUGGAAUUGAAAAGCAUUCCUGCAGGAGGUGGAGAGCUGAAAGAUGGGAAGCUGCUCUGGUGGUCAGAGCCGUGGCAGGCCUUUUCUAAGCGGGAGACGCCGAUCCAACGCACCAGGUCAGCUGUGAGUCACACCCUACAGCCUGCUGGCUCCCAAGCUCCCACUCUAGCCCAACUGCAAACCUUCACCCUCUUCCCACCUCUGACCCUGUCCGAGUGGGCCGAGUUAACCCAGCCCUGGGAGCUGUCUCGAGCUGACCCGCUGGAGCUCAGCCAGCAGCCACUGCUGGCUGGCCAGGUUUACAGCAAGAAGAAACUGGCCUUUCCUACCUGCAAAAGUGAUGUGGACCAGGACGGCGUCCCAAAAGAUGAGGAUGGCAGCAACCACACAGCGCCUGGCGUGGGCUCCGAGUACAGGGCAAUGUUAGACGAGACCGUCUCACCCAGCCUCACUGCCCACAGCGACCGCAGGGAACUGCAGACACUGAGCUGGCACGGCGCUGUGCCAGGCUCUUUGAGUGACCUCUCAGCAGUUGAGGCGCCGAUGCUGGGCGGCUGUCACAGAAAACCAAGUGGCCUGCCUCCAGUACCGAGCCCCCGUGUCCUCCCCAGCCAGCCCUCCCCAGCCAUGGCGGCCUAUGGGCAGACUCAGUACAGCGCCAGCAUCCAGCAGGCCCCACCCUACGCAGCCUACCCACCUCCUGUACAAGCCUACGGGAUCCCUUCUUACAGCAUCAAGACAGAAGACAGCUUGAACCAUUCCCCUAGCCAGGGCAGCUUCCUCAGCUACGGCUCGAGCUUCAGCACCACGCCUGCCGGACAGGGCCCAUACGCCUACCAGAUGCACGGCACGGCAGGGCUUUAUCAAGGCACCAACGGGCUCGGCAACGCAGCUGGAUUCGGGGGCAUGCACCAGGACUAUCCCUCCUACCCCAGCUUCGCUCAGAGCCAGCACCCCCAGUAUUACAGUGCGUCCUACAGCGCCCCCUAUGUCCCUGCCAGCAGCAUCUGCCCAUCACCCCUCUCCACGUCCACCUAUGUCCUCCAGGAUGCUCCUCACAGUGUCCCCAGCCAGGGAUCCGAGCCGCUGGCAGGUGAAUUCAACACCCACCACGUACCUUCCACACCCCCAAAGGAGGGAGAUCCUGACAGGCCGCCUCGGGCCUCCGACGGGAAGCUCCGGGGCCGCUCCAAGAGGAGCAGUGACCCCUCCCCAGCGGGGGACAGUGAGAUCGAGCGUGUGUUUGUGUGGGACUUGGACGAGACAAUAAUUAUUUUUCACUCUUUACUCACGGGGACGUUUGCAUCCAGAUACGGGAAGGACACCACCACGUCCGUGCGUAUCGGCCUCAUGAUGGAAGAGAUGAUCUUCAACCUGGCAGACACGCACCUGUUCUUCAAUGACCUGGAGGAUUGUGACCAGAUCCACGUAGAUGAUGUCUCAUCUGAUGACAAUGGCCAAGAUUUAAGCACUUACAACUUCUCCACGGACGGCUUCCACAGCACGGCGCCGGGGGCGGGCCUGUGCCUGGGCGCGGGCGUGCAUGGCGGCGUGGACUGGAUGAGGAAGCUGGCCUUCCGCUACAGGCGCGUGAAGGAGAUGUACAACACCUACCGCAACAACGUGGGCGGCUUGAUCGGCGCUCCCAAGAGAGAGACGUGGCUGCAGCUGCGGGCGGAGCUGGAGGCGCUUACAGACCUGUGGCUGACGCACUCCCUGAAGGCGCUGACCCUCAUCAACUCCAGGCCCAACUGUGUCAACGUCCUGGUCACCACCACACAGCUCAUUCCCGCCCUGGCCAAGGUCCUGCUGUACGGCUUGGGCUCCGUGUUUCCCAUCGAGAAUAUCUACAGCGCCACCAAGACAGGGAAGGAGAGCUGCUUCGAGAGGAUCAUACAGAGGUUCGGCCGCAAAGCCGUCUACAUCGUCAUCGGCGAUGGGGUGGAAGAGGAACAAGGGGCAAAGAAGCACAACAUGCCUUUCUGGCGGGUGUCCUGCCACGCUGACCUGGAGGCCCUGCGCCACGCGCUGGAACUGGAGUAUUUAUAGCUGUGUCGCAGGCUCCACCUGCUGUCCUCUGGUCUAGGAUCCUCGUCCCUCCUGCCUCCCCACGACUGCCCCAGACGCCCGGACACAGGACACCUGGCUGCCUCUGCCCUCGGGGACAAGUCCACCAGUCAUCUCAGAAGUGCCCGCCCGCCCGGUUCAAGCUGGCGUCUGAAGGAGCAGAGUGCCAGGGAAUGCAGCCUGGGGAACCAGAUCCUGUCCCAAGACUCAGCCAGUGGGCGCUGGAGGCUGGUGGGACGGAGGUGGGGGUGGGGGGUUGUUUCUUGUUUUAAUUUAUGGACGAAUCUCAUGACUCUGUGUUAUGCCCUCACACCUGUCUUGGUUUUCUUAGUGGUUGGUUUGGGUUUGGAACUGGCAUGUGGGCAGCUCACAGUUCUCUGCGAGGCGCUUUGUAGGGCAGGCGGGGGAGGACAGUCACUCCUUGACUAUCAGUGAGGAAGGCCGUCAGGGGCUGCUGGGGAGACCCUUCCCUGCCAUGUCACGUGGACAGUAUUGGUGCCUUAUGCUGCCAUCUUGCUUUCUUGGAAGAGAGGAACACGAAAGGAAGUGGAACUCUGACGGAUGAAAGGCAUAAAA